AUGACCGUCGCCAAGCUUCCAGAUGAGCUAUGGGUGAACAUCAUCGGGUGGGUUCCUGACGAUGUUGUUCGCCAGCUUCUGGGAGUCAACCGCUUGUUCAGUCGACGCGCCUUGAGAGCGAAAUAUAGAUCGAUUACGGUCAACUCCCAUGCAACCCGACGUGCCUGUGAUCGCCUGCAGCAUAUCCGGGACUCCGGCUAUGCUCAAUAUGUUCGAUGCUUGGACAUCGAUCUGACCUUUUUGUCAAGGGAAGAGCCAUAUGUCUUGCCGUGGAUGGCCCCCAAAACGUCGAGCCCAGUGCAUGCAUCAGUGGCCGUCACGCGCGACAUUCGCAAGCUUCUUUUGUAUAUAGUCGAAAACGCCGAAGACUUGACGGAUUGCUGCUUCCGCUGGCAAAGUGGUCUGGAAUUCCACCAUCAAGCCGAUUUCCUGCAAGCGCUUUGGCCGCUUCUUCGCGAUUCAAUGCGCAAUCUCAGUCUUCUGAUGACCCCCGUGUACUUUGACACGCUGGUUCAGAACGCUCGGAAUUUGCGCGCACUACAGCACUUAAGACUAGACUUUCGGUUUCCUCCUUCGUCGUGGGUCUUGGCAGAGGGAGGCAUCGAUAACUUUCCCCAAUUCAUGGACAGCGUCAAAGACCACAUUCGUUCCUUGGAUCUCUCGUGGUUAGAGUAUCCAUACAGCGCGGCGUCAAUGUCAAAAGGAACACCUGCGUUACCUCAUCUUGAACAUCUGGAGGAACUAGCGCUUCAAGUCGCCGAACCUUCAUCUUUGGAAAUCCCCCAGGUCGCGCGAUUCCUCGAGUGCCACAGUGGCCAGAUAACCGAACUUGAUUACGAAGUUCGUACUACGGACCACCUGACCAACCUAUUCGCACACACAUCCUUUGUGGCGUUGACGGAACUUUCAUUGCGAACGGUGGAUUUCUUACCGCAAAUAGUCAACCUCCUCAGAACCACGUUCUUUCCUUUGGAUAGGCUCGAAAAGCUCGCAAUUUCAGGCUACUUCAUGCCGGCUGAUGAAGUCUUGAUUGCAUCUGCUGCGUUCACCCUAAAUCCCUUGUCUUAUUCCAAUUCGCUACUUCGGUCGCUUCACCUCCAUGUUAACACCAUAACACCUCCGUUCCUCGAUACGCUAUCAACCCGUUAUCCGUCCUUGAAGCUAUUGUCCUUGCACUGUGUGCUAGGCGAGUCAAAUAUCCCACAAGUCGCUAUUCCCGCGCUUGCGUGUUCCAAUGGCUGGAAAGUCGACAUGUCUAAGAGAAAAUAUCUCGAAUGGAAGGUCGAACAACUCGUCAUUGGUUAUGCUAGACUACCGGACUUGGCCCCAGAAUUUGACGAAGAAGCCACAAAGAUCGUUGCGCAAAGUAUACCCAGCGUCCAUGUGUUUGCUUCCUCGCUCUAUUCUCAACACCCUUCGUGGUUUCGCUAUGACCCUGUUUGA